AUGCGCUGGGUCCGCGCGCUGCUGAAAAAUGCGUCCCUGGCAGGGGCGCCCAAGUACAUCGAACACUUCAGCAAGUUCUCCCCGUCCCCGCUGUCCAUGAAGCAGUUUCUGGACUUCGGGUCCAGCAAUGCCUGUGAGAAAACGUCAUUCACCUUCCUGAGGCAGGAGCUGCCCGUGCGCCUGGCCAACAUCAUGAAAGAGAUUAACCUGCUUCCCGACCGGGUGCUGAGCACGCCCUCGGUACAGCUGGUCCAGAGCUGGUAUGUCCAAAGUCUCCUGGACAUCAUGGAGUUCCUGGACAAAGACCCCGAGGACCAUCGUACCCUGAGCCAGUUCACCGAUGCCCUGAUCACCAUCCGGAACCGCCACAACGACGUGGUGCCCACCAUGGCGCAGGGUGUGCUGGAGUACAAGGACACCUACGGCGACGACCCGGUCUCCAACCAGAACAUCCAGUACUUUCUGGACCGCUUCUACCUCAGCCGCAUCUCCAUCCGCAUGCUCAUCAACCAGCACACCCUGAUUUUUGACGGCAGCACCAACCCGGCCCACCCCAAACACAUUGGCAGCAUCGACCCCAACUGCAACGUCUCCGAGGUGGUGAAGGAUGCCUAUGAUAUGGCCAAGCUCCUGUGUGACAAGUACUACAUGGCCUCCCCUGACUUGGAGAUCCAAGAGAUCAAUACCUCCAACUCCAAACAGCCAAUUCACAUGGUCUAUGUCCCUUCCCACCUCUACCACAUGCUUUUUGAACUCUUCAAGGUAAGCUCAUCACUUCCCCCUUUCCCUUCACAGAAUGCCAUGCGCGCAACUGUGGAAAGCCACGAGUCCAGCCUUGUCCUCCCACCUAUCAAGGUCAUGGUGGCCUUGGGUGAGGAAGAUCUGUCCAUCAAAAUGAGUGACCGGGGUGGGGGAGUCCCCCUGAGGAAGAUCGAGCGACUCUUCAGCUACAUGUAUUCCACAGCCCCCACCCCCCAGCCAGGCACUGGAGGGACCCCGCUGGCUGGCUUCGGGUACGGGCUCCCCAUUUCCCGCCUCUAUGCCAAGUACUUCCAGGGAGACCUGCAGCUCUUCUCCAUGGAGGGCUUUGGGACCGAUGCUGUCAUCUACCUCAAGGCCCUGUCCACGGACUCCGUGGAACGCCUGCCCGUCUACAACAAGUCAGCCUGGCGUCACUACCAGACCAUCCAGGAGGCGGGCGACUGGUGUGUGCCCAGCACGGAGCCCAAGAACACGUCCACCUACCGUGUCAGCUAGGGGCCGCCUCGCUCCGCUGCACCUGAGAGGAUGGACUGCUGUCUCUGGGACUGGCCACCACGGUGACCCUCCCCAGCCCCCCCCCAGGUGGGGGGGAGGCUCCCCCUGAUGACCAGCUUCUGUCUCUGUGGAAAUCAUGGUGACCAGUCCGUGGGGGGCCCCUAAGUGCCAAUCUCUGUCUCCACGGAGACCCCUAAGUAGUCUCCCUGGUAUUCAGGCUCGGUGGGCGAUGCCUGAGGACAGGGGACUGUCUCCAUCCCGAUGGGGUGUCCCAGAGCUAUGUUUCCAUGGCCGUCCUCCUUCUGAGACGAGGGCUGCCACUUUGCUGCCAGGGGUCCUGGGUCCCCCUCACUGCCCUCCACGGCCCUGACCUUCCAAGUGGACACCCUGCU